GAAAAUAUGAAAACAAUAAUAAAUAUUUAAUAAUAUAAAAGAAACAACAAAAAAAUCAUAUAAUAAUGCAUACAUAUUAUGUAUAUUAAAAUUCGUAAAACUAAAAAGGAGAAUAUAUUUUUCUAAAUAAAGCCAACACUCUAUUUUGUGAGACAACAAGAAGCAGAAGAAGAAGAAGAAAAAAAAAGAAAGUUGAUUAAAGUAAGCAACCAGUAUUUUUAUAUAAAAAAAAGGACUUCAGAAAUUGCUGCUUAAAAGCUGUGCACAAAGAACCGCAAUAUAAAUAUAACUGUAAUAUAAUAUAAAAGGAUACACAUUUAGGCGUUUGUAUGUGAAGAAUCUAGAUAAGAAACUGAAAUUUUUAUUGCAUUAUAAAACAGUUUAAAAGUGCAUCAGGAUAGCAAAUUUUCUUCCAAUUUUUCGUAAAUAAGAAGAAAAUUCAAAAUUUUAUUCUCUUUCAUCAUAUAUUUUCAUACUUUUUCUCAAUAUUUUCUACAAAAAGACGAACAUAAAAAACGAAAAAACAAUUUAAAAAUGCAUCCAUCAUUCUUUUUUUUAUUAAAGACGGACUGAAAUAAAAAAUAACCAGCAAUCAUUUACGUGUUCAUUUUUUUAAUUUUAUUCCUUUUCUUCUCCCUAUUUUUUGUUUUUUUAUUUCGUUUGCUAUUUUACGUUGGGGUUCAACAUUAAAAUAAUAAUAGACAAAAACAGGAAUAAAAAGAGCUACAAAAGAUAAUUGAAAUUUUAUAUUUAAAAAAAAAAACGAAUCCAAUACACAACAAAGUAAAAAAGACAUCAAUGACGCUUACAUGUCGUCUAGGAUAACAUUAUUUUGUAAUUUCACUUAUUUUGCUACUCAUUAACAAUUACCAUUCAUUAUAAAAACUCUUCAUUCUAAAAAUCACUUCAUUAACAAUUUUAAUUAAGAAUCCCCCUGUAUACAACAAAAUAUUAAAAAUUUAUAAUAAGUAAAUCAAAUAAUAAUAAAAAUUAUAACAGAAAAAGGAAAAAUUUAUAACAAAUUCAACAAAAAAAAAAAUAAAAAUUUAGUGUAGACGUUAAGAAUUUUAUGAUUCAACAGGAUAUUUACAUUUAAUUGAAUGCUGAGUAUUGAUAAUAAUAAUAAUAACUGAUUGUAUAUACACAUAAACACAUAUAUUAUAUGUGUAUAUUAAUUUCUAUAAUAUUCAUAUAUAUGUACAUAUGUAUGUAUAAACAAAGUAUAAUAUUUGCUCAAUUUGAAUAAUAAUAACAAUUAUAAUAAAAAUAAUAUUCGAUGUAAAUAUUACAAUUUAUUUUUAUUUGAUUUCCACUACGGACUUUACCAUACUACACACUCCCUUCCCGCCUUCUCCGAUCAUUACCCAAUCUAUCGUCGAAAGGGAGAAAAAAGAACGGAACGUUGAAAAAUAAAAUUAAAUCAGAAAUAUACAUAUAUAAAAGGAGAGAAAAAUAAAUAAAAAAAAAUAAAUUAAAUUAAAUUAAUAUACAUAUACAUUUAUACAUAUAAUACAUAUAUAACAAUUUAAAAAAGAGGACUUUAUAACAAGUAAAUAUAAAUAAGAAAAAUAAAAAUAAAAUUAAAAAAAAAAACGAAAUAGUUCGAAAUGAAUGAAUACGCGGAAUAUAACGACCAAUAUAGAGUGCCUGUGAUAGCCAAGCUACUUCAUGCAUUACCCCAUUACAAUAUUACAUUUCAUAAAAUCAAUAACACAUUUAGGCCAACAGAUGAAGUUUAUUUGGAGAGUCUUGGAUUACUUGGAUCAGCUCCAGCAGCACUAUUAAUAGUAUCACUUUUAGGUCUUUUAUUAUAUUUAAUGACAAGAUGUUGUGAUAGAAAACCUAGACCGGCACAUUCAAUAACAAGUUUAAAAGUUACAUUAAGUGUAGUUACUGUAAUGUGUUGUGCUGCUAUCGGAUUGGGGUUAUAUGGUAAUGAUGAUUUACAUAAUGGUCUGCUAGAAGUUCUACAAUCAGGACGGAAAGUUGAUAAUAUUGUAAAUACAGUACGAAACCAGACUCAUAUACUUGAAAAUACAUUAACGAAUCGAAUCCGGCCUCAAUUGGUAGAAUUCGCAGAUAUUUUUGAUCAACCUGUAUCAAAUGAUACAGCAAUGCAAACAUUAAUUUAUUCACUUAAUUAUGCACAAGGAAAUGUAACAUUAGCGACAAAUGCUGCUGGUGAUAUAAGACGGCCAUUAAUGGGAAUUUCAAUUACCGGUUUUCUUGCGAAAGGUGAUCAAUAUGAACUGAUUCGUUGGCCUGGAACAGUUGCUGUUUUAGCAUUACUUUUAGUUCUUUGUGCGGUUCUUUUAGUUGGCGUUGCUAGACACUCACGAUGUGCUCUAAUAUUAUUUAGUGUAUGUGGUCUUUUAGCUGUUACCGGAUCCUGGUUAAUGUCUGGUUUAUACUUAUCCACAUCUGUUGCUGUUGGAGAUUUAUGCAUUAAUCCUUCAGCUUUUCUAGCAUCAACAUCACCAAAAGCUUUACCAAUAAAUGUACUACUUCAUUAUACUCAAUGUGAACCAGGUCACACAAAUCCAUUUACACAAAGACUUCGCGAAUCCCAAAAUGCAAUCAAUAACGCCCGCAUUGCAAUGCUAAUGGUGUCAAAAAUAUCCUUAAGUCUUUUUAAAUCAGCAGGAUUGCAACCGAAAUUAGGUGCCGUUGUUGCAGAUUUAAAUAACAGUGAAAGAUUAUUAACACAGCUUACAGCAUUAGUCGAUUGUAAAGCUGUUCAUCACAAUUAUUUGAAUGCUGCACGUGGUUUAUGUGAGGGUGGUUUAUUAGGAUUAGUUCUAAUGUUGAUUGCUAGUUUUAUUGCUGCCAUUUUAUUGACAAUUAUGGUGUGGGUUGAUUCACACACUUGGAUAUAUAUUCGAAAAAGAACUGAUUAUGCUCAAGUCGAAGAGCCAUCUUAUAUAUCUAACCCAGCCCCCCAAAAUCAUCAGCAAAUGAAUGCACGAACGUUACCAAGAAAUCACAAUGGACACUUUAGUCCACCAGUUAUAAGUGGAGCACAUACAUUACAGCACCCAUCAAAAAGGCAGCAAAUGGACAUGAUGGGACACGGACAUAUACAUCCAGCACAACAACAAGCUAUGAGAAAUAUGGGAACCCAUACAUUAGGCCCAAAUAAUGGAAAAUAUGCCACUCUAAGUAAACAAUGCAAAACACUGGAAGCAAAUGAUUUUUACUGAAAAUCACCAGCCUGUAGCGAAGCUCUGACAUCACAAGGAGGUGGUAGACCUCCUCAACCAAUAUAUUGUCACCAUGCACAUCAUCAACAGCACGCUCAAUAUCAUCUUCAACAACAGCAACAAUUAUAUGCUCAACAUUAUAAUAAUGCAAAUAAUCAAU